AGUUUGUUUCCAGUCUGCCUAUAAAUAUUGACAUAGCAAACAUGCAUGAAAGCUCACAAAUUAAUUAACCAGUACCCCUAACAAAAGCUAAAAUGGCAUCACAAAAGGCUUUGUGUUUCCUUUUGGUUCUUCUUUUAAUCACGGUGCAAGGUUUUGCAAAACGUUGUAAGCCAUCUUCAAUAACUGCAAGUGUCACGAAGACCGGGCGUGUGGUGGGAGGGCUACCGGAAUGGGAUGUUGUUAUCAACAACACAUGCAAAUGUCCACAGACGGAUGUCGUACUGAACUGCGUCGGCUUCUCUGCGAUUUCAGCGCAGGCGGACCCUAAAAUCUUUUUGAUAGUUGGCAAUUUAUGCUUGGUGAAUGAUGGCAAACCUAUAACUAAAGGUGAGCCGGUCAAAUUCAAGGUUGUAGUCAAAGAGCCCCCCAGUGAGCUUUCACCUGCGCUCUCCGUAACCAGAUGCCCAUGAAUAUUGGGAAUAUUUAGAGACAUGAAUUGGCAAAGAAAGCAAAGAUUCGAUUCGAUUCGAUUCGAUUCGUAACAAAUAUUAAAUAAAUUGGCAAAGAAAGCAAAGAUUCGAUUUGUAACAAA